ACAUCCAAGCAUCUCACAUUGCCGUUAUAAGCAAAGUUGACAUAAAUAUACACAUAUGCAGCCUCAAUAUUGUCCAACGAUAUAAAACGUCGUCCAUGAUCGAUGAUGCUAUACUAAUCAGAGUUUAACGCCCGCUCAGGGGUACGAGUAUGAAACAAGGAUCUACUCUUUAAAGUCUGCUCUAUGAUUGUGGCUGGUGGAGAUAGGUAGGGUAUACGAAGUUGAAAGAUAUUAGGUAAAAGCUACGAGAUAAGGUCAGCUUGCAGUCGAUAUUAACUAGGGGGUGGCAAAUAAAAUAUUUGCCCUAAACUGACAUUACGAAAAUGCUGCGCCAACAGGUUCGAUGCGCAACCAACAUACUUAGCAGUUAGCAGCAUAAAAGCUACCAACUCAUAGCAUAUUGUAGUACCAUUGCACUACAGUUUAUUCGAAUACUUUGGUUCUUGAGAAAUAUGAGCUUAAUAAACGCGGACGUCAGCCAAGCUGUUACUCUCAUUGAACAGCUGAGCGUUGCUUCUCCCAAGUUAUCCAGUGGCGACCAAACUGCCAGGAAGGAAGCUUUAGAGUUAAGCCGAAAAGUCACUGCUUCACUAGAACAACCCGGGGAUGCUGCCGUAGGUUUAGCUUUUGCUCCUUUUAUAACCAUUGCCGCAAGAAUUGCUGUGGGUCUCGGCCUCUUCAAACACGUUGUCAACUAUGGCGAUGCGGUCACCUCUGAGGAGCUAGCUUCACUGUCAGGCGGAGAGGAGUUGUUGAUCAUUCGAGUCCUUAGACCACUAUCCGCAAUAGGAUUCGUUGAAGAGGUUGGCGAGCGUAAGUGGAAAGCGACACCUAUCACCAAUGCUAUGGCGACAGAUGAAAUAGCUGCAGGGCAUAGGAUGAUUGGUGAAAUGAUAAUCGGAGCAGCUACCAAGGGACCUAAAUAUCUUGAAGAAGUUGGUUAUCGUUGUCCAACUGACCCUCACGACGGCUUCAUGCAGUACGCCUUUCAGACAAAAUUCAACGUUUUCGGUCUGUUUAAUAGUAUGCCGCGCGUUUUGAACGACUUCAAUUUAUUCAUGGGUAAUACCUUAGGGGCCAGAAAUUACUGGGUAGAUUGGUAUCCGAUUGAGGAGCAACUUCUCAACGAAAUUAAUGCCGAAACGCCGCUACUCGUUGAUGUUGGAGCAGGAAAGGGGCACGACUUAAUCGCAUUUCGCGAAAAGUACCCGAACCAUGAGGGGCGUCUGAUUCUCCAGGAUAUCGCACCUGUAAUCGAUAAUAUACAGGGAAUUGACCCAGAUAUUGAGCUCAUGACCUAUGAUUUCUUUAGUGAACAACCGGUAAAGGGGGCGAGAUCGUAUUUUUUCCACCAUAUCCUACACGAUUGGUCCAACUACAAGUGUCUUGAAAUUCUCAAGAAUGUCAAGAAAGCCAUAAAACCAGGCUAUUCCAAGCUACUGUUGCAUGAAAUGAUCUUAGCGGAGCAAGGUGCCCCAGUUUUUCAUGCUAUGCUUGACAUGACAAUGAUGGCGUUCAACUCGGGCAUGGAAAGGACUCAAAGACAAUGGAAGGAGCUAUUGGAGGAGGCUGGCCUAGAGGUGGUAAAAUUCUGGCUGCCCCCACAGGAAGAUGCAGACGGCAUUGUUGAAGCAAUGCUGAAGGAGUGAUUAGAUCACCUCAUAAGAAAAAAAUGUUUUGUUUUUUUCCGAUAGUGUAGUGUCAAUUUCCUUGUCGCUAUUGUACUAAAUAAAGUUUGUGCGAAGAUGGACCCUGCUGUUCCGCCGUGUUUGCUAGGCUCACAGGUCGGCAUUCCGUUGGCAGCCACGUUCGGGGCAUAGAUCAAAGGGACCUACGGGCAAACGCGCGGAAAGCACGGAGCAGCACAACACCAACGCGCCUUCGACUCCGGCGUGUUUGGUCCCCCGGGUGCGCCGUACUAGGAGAAGC